CCUUAAUUUCUUACAAUUUCUCUGAUUUCUUUUUUUUUCAACAAAAAAAAGGAAAAAAAAAUCGAGUCCGAUUAUUAUUUUCAAGGAGCCUCACUCUAUUUCUCUCAAUCAUUUUUUCUCUCUCUUAGACUGUGCACUUCAGAUAAGAUAAUAACCCUGCUCGGAGCCCCUCGCCUCUGCAAUAGUGGUUGUAGGAGCUUCAAAGAGUCAGGUGAAAGCUAAAGGUCAAAGCAACUUGUCAAAUUAAUAACUUGCCUAUAUGGCUACAAAUGAAAAUCUUCCGCCAAAUGUGAUUAAGCAGCUUGCAAAAGAGUUAAAAAAUCUUGAUGAAACUCCUCCGGAAGGAAUCAAAGUGGGCGUCAAUGAUGAUGAUUUCACGACCAUAUUUGCUGAUAUAGAUGGCCCAGCUGGAACUCCAUAUGAAAAUGGUGUGUUCCGCAUGAAAUUGAUAUUGUCGAGUGACUUUCCCCAUACUCCUCCCAAAGGUUAUUUCCUUACCAAGAUAUUUCACCCUAACAUCGCAAAUAAUGGUGAAAUUUGUGUCAACACUUUGAAAAAGGAUUGGAACCCAACGCUGGGAUUGCGACAUGUUCUUUUGGUUAUAAGAUGUUUACUUAUUGAACCUUUUCCGGAAUCUGCCUUAAAUGAGCAAGCUGGCAAGAUGCUGCUUGAAAACUACGAGGAGUAUGCAAGGCUUGCUAGAUUGUACACAGGAAUCCACGCCAAGCCUAAAUCCAAGCCAAAGCAUGGAGCAAUUUCUGAGUCAACCACAGCUUUGAAUGUCGACCAGAGAAACAACGCUUCAGCACAAAAUGCUGAUCAGAAAAGCACAUUAGCAAACACUGGGGCUCCUUCACCAUCCCCUCUGGCCUCAUCAACGACUAGCAGUAAGGCAACGAGCUUUCAAGAUCAGCCUGCAGGUUCUGCUCUGCCAUUAAGUGAGAAUGGAGCAGUAGGGUCUUCAACUGUGCCGCCAGCAGCUGCGGCACCUGUAGCGCAAAAGAAGGAUGUUGGUUUGAAGGCCCAGGCCGAGAAAAAGAAGAUUGAUGCGAGAAAGAAGAGCUUGAAGAGAUUAUGAUUUCAAAUUUAGACAGUAAAUUGUGACUGUCGCAUAUCGUUGUUUUAGGUCAUUUAUCUCUGACGUUACCCCUCCCCAUAGGGUGUCACUUUGUCUCCAUUAGAGGGUGGCACCAUUGACAAGUUGCUUUGACUCAUUGUAAUGAAUAUGUAUUUGUCUAUUUGGGAGUUGUUUUUACUGUCAUCUUGGCCCUUUUGCUCUUUGCACCUUCUAAUAAGUUUCAAGAAAAUUAAGUACAAAUAAGUUUAAACAUUACUGAUUGAUUGAAUGUUGACGUUUU